AUGGGGUGUAGAGCUUUGUGUCUCUUACUGCUGGGUCUCCUUGCCGGGUCCACCUAUGGACAAUCGUGUACCCUGAUCACCUCUAAUGUGUUGCGGGUGGACAGCGAAGAGACCUUCUUAGUAGAUGGACAUGGCACUGCUUUGGAUGCUGAAAUUAUAAUCCAGGAUUUCCCCAAGAAGAAAUUUGUUAUUGCUCAGGGCAGGAUCUCUGUCAAUAAUGACAAUGGCUUCCUGGGAACAAGCAAAUUCUUGGUUCCAUCAACUAACCUGGAUAAAGACCCAGAAAAGAAGCAGUUUGUCUAUGUCAUUGUGCGAUCUGCCCCCUGCAACCUGGAGAAAGUUGUUCUGGUCUCCUAUCAAAGCGGAUAUAUCUUCAUACAGACUGACAAACCUCUCUACACCCCGGGAUCAACAGUUCUCUAUCGCAUCUUCAGUAUGACCCCAGACCUGAAGCCUAUCAACAAGCCGGUGGUAAUAGAAGUCCUGACUCCGGAAAAUGUGAUUGUAAAGAAGGAUACCCUCCGGCAAAUAAACAUAAAAGGAAUCAUUUCCGCUAAUUACAAAAUAACGGAUCUUGCAAGUUUGGGAAUUUGGACCCUGUCGGCAAAGUUUGAAGACACCGCUCUGCAUAACUUCACCACACAUUUUGAAGUGAAAGAAUACGUUCUACCCAGUUUUGAGGUGAUAAUAAAAGCAGACAAGAAAUUUUACUACAUCAGUGAUGAAGAAUUCAGAGUUGAAAUCCAUGCAAAUUACCUGUAUGGGAAGCCUUUGGAUGGUGUGGCCUAUGUGCUGUUCUCUGUGACCAGAGAGGGUGAAAAGAAAAGUCUACCAGACACUCUAGAAAGGAUUACGAUCGAGGAUGGUGAAGGCGUGGCUGUUCUAAAACGAGUAAACCUAGUGAAGUACUUCCAGCAGGAGAGGGACAUGCUUCAAUGGAGGCUGAGUGUAUCUGCCACGGUCAUCACUGACUCAGGUAGUGAUAUGGUGGAAACCGAACUUACCGACAUCCACAUGGUGACUUCCCCGUACAAAGUUCUCUACACAAAAACCUCCAAAUUUUUCAAACCCGGGAUGCCCAUGGAUCUAACGGCAUUUGUCACCAACCCAGAUGGGUCUCCAGCACACCGUGUCCCUGUGGUAGCAGAACCAGGAACAGUGAGAGGGACAUCACUGGAAGACGGAACUGUCCGGCUGACCAUCAAUACCCGCGCAGAUAUAAGCUCGCUUCCAAUAACUGUAACAACAGCAGAUCCAAUGUUAUUACCUAACCAACAAGCAAAUGCUCCUAUGACAGCCACUGCAUACCAACCACGUGGUGGCAAUUUUCUGCAUCUCGGCAUUCGCGGUGGGGAACUGAAAAUUGGUGAAAACGCUGCUAUCAACUUCAUUAUCAGGAACACUGACCCAGGAGUUCAGAACCAGAUCACCCACUUUAAUUACAUAAUCCUAAACAAAGGUAGAAUAAUGACAACUGGAAGACAAGCCAGAUUACCAGGCCAAUCCCUUGUGACUUUGCUGAUGCCAAUAACACCAGAAUUCAUCCCAUCCUUCCGCAUAGUGGCCUAUUAUGUGGUCACAACUGGAGCAGGCCGCGAGGUCGUAGCUGACUCUGUCUGGGUAGAUGUGGCAGAUACCUGCAUGGGAACGCUGACGCUUUCAGGUGACAGGGACCGGGACAAUGCAGUUCAACAACCUGGAGCUUCUAUAAAACUUAAGCUGAAAGCUGACCACUUGGCCAGUGUGGGGUUGGUAGCUGUGGAUAAAGGUGUUUACGUGCUGAAUAGCAAGGAGAAGAUCUCCCAGACCAAGGUGUGGGAAUCAGUAGAAAAAUACGACACUGGCUGCACUGCGGGAGGUGGUGCUGAUGCUGCAGGAGUGUUUUAUGAUGCUGGACUGGCACUAGGCAAUGCUUUCCAUGGUUCCACCACCCAGAGAUCAGAAUCUUUGUGUCAAGCAAAAUUGAAGCGCAGACGACGUGACACAGCAGCAUUAAUUCAAACAAAGAACACUAAAGCAUCCAACUAUGAAGGUCUUGAGAAGACGUGCUGUGAGGAUGGCAUGAGAGACUUGCCCAUGAAGGUCAGCUGCGAGAGCCGUGCUACAAAUAUUGCAGUUGGAGAAAAGUGUGUUGUUGCCUUCCUGGACUGCUGCAGACACAUUGAGAAGAUAAAAGAAGCAGAGGACACAAAGGACGAGUUUGGAAGGAGUGAUGCAGACCUUGAUUUUGUUGAUGAUGCUGACAUAAUCUCCAGGUCAGAAUUCCCAGAAAGCUGGCUCUGGAAGAUAGAGACAAUGAAUGAAAAACCAGACAAUGGGAUUUCAUCCAAGAUUCUCAGCGUUUUCUUAAAAGACUCAAUCACUACAUGGGAAGUUUUGGCUGUGAGUCUGUCUGAAAACAAAGGAAUCUGUGUGUCUAAACCACAUAAUAUUCAGGUCGCGCUAUCCUUCUUCAUUGAUCUCCGACUUCCAUAUGCUGUAAUCAGGAAUGAACAAGUUGAGAUAAGAGCCAUUCUCUACAACUAUGGCAACAGUAAACAAAGAGUACGUUUGGAGUGGACUUACAAUGAACAAUUCUGCAGUCUCGCCACUUCCAAGAGCAAAUACCGUCAAUUUGUGGAUGUAAAACCCGCCUCAUCCGUAGCCGUACCCUUUAUCAUUAUUCCACUGACCUUGGGCUUUCAUGAUGUAGAAGUGAAGGCAUCUGGGCAAGGUAUCUCAGAUGGUGUGAAGAAGAAGCUGAGGGUCGUGCCGGAAGGAAGACGGGUUGUGCAGACCUUAACAAAUGUCGUCUUAGAUCCCGAAGGAAAAGGAAAAGGCGGAGUGCAGGAGGAGUUAAUCAAAACAGUAGAUAUCAAAAAUAUUGUUCCAAAAACAGACGUUGAGACCAUUGUCACUGUCCAAGGUACAUCAAUUAGUCAACUAGUGGAGAAAUCCAUUGAUGGAGCCAAUCUGAAUCACUUGAUCACUGCUCCUUGGGGUUGUGGAGAACAGAACAUGAUGAGUAUGACUCCUACUGUGAUUUCCACUCAUUAUCUGGAUGCUACCGGUCAGUGGGAAAAAGUAGGCGUACAGCGCAGAACAGAGGCCCUCCAGCACAUCAGUAACGGAAUAACAAAACAGUUGACAUUCCGCAAAGCAGAUGCUUCCUAUGGUGCCUGGAUUGACACACCAUCAAGCACAUGGCUCACAGCUUAUGUUGUGAAAAUUUUUGCCCUAGCUCAAGGGCUCAUCAACGUUGACAGAAAUGUACUGUGUGACUCUGUGAAAUGGCUUGUAUUGGAGAAGCAGAAACCAGAUGGCUUAUUUGAGGAAAAUGCCCCAGUAUACCAUCAGGAGAUGGUGGGUGGUAUUACAAAAGGAGCUGUUGAACUAGAUUCUACACUCACAGCAUUUGUCCUUAUCGCUAUGUUGGAAAGUGAGGAAUCCUGUACUGGAACUGUAAAUAACCUGCGAAACAGCAUUGACAAAGCUAUAGCAUACAUUGAGCAGCAGUAUCCAGUUAUCAAUAAACCAUAUUCCAUUGCCGUCACUUCUUAUGCCCUGGCCAGAGCUGGAAGGCUGGUGAACAUCAAUAAACUCAUGUCUGCAUCUACAGGUAACAAUCACUGGCAGGAACCCGGCUCCCACCACCUAUCACUGGAGGCUUCAUCCUAUGCACUCCUUGCUCUUUUGAAAAUGAAAGAAUAUGAGAAGGCUGGAUUAGUAGUUCGGUGGCUUACAGAGCAGAGAUUCCAUGGGGAAGUGUGGGGAUCAACACAGAGUACAAUAAUGAUUUUCCAAUCCUCUGCUCAAUACUACCUGGAUGCUCCAGGCCUAGCAGAACUGGAGAUGGAUGUCACCUUCAAACUUCCUGGAAGAUCAGGAGCCACAAAAAUUCGUCUAAACAACAACAAUGCUUUGAACGCCCGCUCAGAUCAGACUAACCAAGGUGGAAACUUUGUGGUUACUGCAGCAGGAAAAGGACAAGGAACAUUGUCGGCAUUUUCUGUGUACUAUGCUAUUGAGACAGAGAAAGAGAGACAAUGCAAAAAUUUUGAUCUGUCUUUGAAAGUCCAAUUCUGUACAGCUAAGGGACCAGAGGGCACCCUUUCUACUGUCUCACUCACCAUUUGUACCAGAUACCUGAAGUCCCAAGACUCUGGCAUGUCCAUAUUGCAAAUAUCAAUGAUGUCUGGCUUUGAGGCAGAUGUUAAUGACCUGACAAAGCUUAAAAGAGGAGUGGACAGAUACUCCAUUUCUGCAUUCCACCACCGUAACCUGCCAGAGAGAGAAGAGCAAUUGAAACAAAAAGGGGAGGCAACAGUGUUCCAAAGAGAGAAGAGCGCUGGCUGCCACAGGACCGUGGAUCAGAUAUCUCACAGUGAGGAGCGGUGUCUGAAGUUUAAUCUUCACCAGUACUUCAAAAUGGGUCUCAUCCAACCUGCAUCUGUCACUGUGUAUGACUAUUACUCACCAGAAAACCGUUGUACCAAAUUCUACCAUGUGGAUGAGGACAGCAAACUUCUUGGCAAGAUCUGUGUAGGAGAGGUGUGCCGCUGUGCUGAAGCAAACUGCGUCAUGCAACAACGGUUAGACAACGUGGACGAUAUUAAACGAUUAGAAAGUGCAUGUGCACAUGGAGUAGACUAUGUGUACAAGACAACACUCAGUGAAAUCAAGGAGGAAAACAACUAUUUCACCUAUGUGAUGACCAUUACACUUAUUAUUAAAGAAGGAACGGAUGUGGUUCAGGUGAAUGAGAAACGCGAUUUUCUCAGCCAUGCAAAGUGUCGUAAUGCUCUAAAUCUGGUGGUGGGCCAGGACUAUAUGGUGUGGGGAGUCUCCAAAGAUCUGUGGAACCCCGGUGAUGGGUUCUUCUACAUGGUGACAAGGGACACUUGGGUCGAGAGGUGGCCAAAUGCAAGGGAGUGCCAGCAACGUCAGUAUUCAAAGCAGUGCGAUGAACUUAACAAUUUCUCAGAUGAGCUGCAACUCCAGGGAUGUCCUCAAUAAACUGCA